AGAAGUCGCCCAAAUGCCGCCAUUUUACGAAUCCCGGAAAGGUUGAACUCAUAUCAACACAGUUUUCCAACGUCUAUGAUAAUUGUGCGAGGCCUCAAUUCGCACCGGAAGCUUAAGAACAUAUCAAAAACAUCAGGUAUAAUCGCUGAAGUGAGGUGAGAUGUUGCGAUUGCGAGAAAAAUAGGGAAACAACUUGCAGUCCGUGGGAUCAACAUUUUUCUGUGAUGGCCGACUGGGUCCACUGCAACCUUUGCUUUCGCCAACCCGGAGAUGGCAAGAAGUUCCAUCUGACCAACUGUGGACACAUUUACUGUGCCGACUGUGUUGUAACAGGUGCCAAAGACAGAUGUAAGAUGUGUGGCGGCAAGUGCACAACUAUCAUACUUUCAGCCCAAAUGAAGCCAGAUGUUGAGAUUUUCUUCACAGACCCGGCAGAACUGGCAAAGAAACAACAUAAACAACUACUACAGGUCAUCGAUUUCCAAAAGAACCACCGUCAGAGACUGACUGCCUACAUGAGGGAAAAGGAUGUGAAGUUUUCAACUGAAAUGAAAAAGGUCAAACAGCAGAUGGCUCUCCAGGUGCAAGAAAUGGAAAGUGAACUUUUUAAGCGUAAAAAUGAAAAUGCUGAACUGAGGCACCUUCUAGGUGGAAAGUAUUCCAUGGCAGGCAGGCUUUCACAAAGGCUUGUGACCUCACCCCACCCAAAUAUACAACCAAGAAACCAUAGAACCCCCUCUCCCUCCCAUGGACCACAAAAGUCUCCCUACACAACUGGAAUCAGCAAAAGCUUGCCCUGCACGCCCAAUAUGGGUGACUCGCCUCUUUCAGGAAAUCGCACACCAACAGGCCCUGCCAGGAUCACCAUGAGGACACCACCUAUUGAUGGCAAAAUGGGAACCCCUCCUGUGGUCCCUGGUUUAACCAGAACUCCAACAGGACAAAUCAUAAGGACCAUCUCCAACCCAGGCUCCCAUGGUGACUCAGGUUCCUCCAGUAGCUCCCAGCAGUGUGCAGGCUCUCCCAUGUCCACAGGAUCAUCUCCCAGAGGUGCAGACAGUAGAAUUGCGAGCAGCCUGAGCUUGUUUGCGACUCCCAAGCGCCAGUUACCGUACAACAGUCCCAGCUCCCAACCCACCACUGUACAUCAAGUUACCAAAGUUGUAGGCUAUUAG